UUUUUUCAGAUGUGAUGACAUUGUUGACACAGAAAGUCAUGAUUCUCUUUCUAAUAAUUUGUAUUAUUAUUGGUCCUGUUGCUCCAUUGGAAUCAUGUGACAAGCGGCCUUUGAUUAUUGCACACAGAGGAAGUUGUGGAAUGCUUCCUGAACACACAAAAGAAGCUUAUGAACUUGCUAUUAAACAGGGAGCAGAUGUUAUCGAAUGUGAUGUUGCGGUCUCAAAAGAUCUCAAACUUCUCUGCGCCCAUGAAUCAUGGCUGAAUUUAACAACCAAUGUUCACUUCUGGCCAGAAUUUCAAAACAGAAGUCGCACUUAUUUUGUUCCGGCACUUGGUGUCAAUAUCACAGAUUAUUUCACAAUUGAUUUCACACUGGAUGAACUAUUAUCUUUAAAAAGGGUUCAAGUUUUUAAAUUCAGAGAUCAAGAAAUGAAUGGUAAAUAUGGAAUGGCGUCACUCAAUGAUUAUAUAUCAAUUGCAAAAAAUCCACACAACGCCAAAACAAUUUCAAUUUAUGUGGAAACCAAAAAUCCUGAUUUUUUCAACAAUUUUUUACAAGAACACAAAACAAAUAUGGAAGAUAUGCUUCUGGAAGCAUUAUCACAUCAUGGGUAUAAAGAUUCAACAUCACCAGGCUUUAUAGAAUCAUUUAGCUUAAAAAGUUUAGAAUAUAUGUCGAAACGCACCACAAUUCCACUUGUGUUCUUGACCAAAGUACCAUUGUCUAAUGGAGAAAUGGAAGAAGUUGCAAACUAUGCGUCUGUGAUUUGCCCCGAAAAAUCUUCAAUAGUUGAAGUAAAUCCGAAGACAAAUUUUGUUGAAAAUGUUACAGAUUUCGUGAAGCGAGCUCGGCAUUAUGGAUUGAAGGUCCACACAUAUGCACUCCGUAAUGAAUAUCAGUUUCUUGCUUAUGAUUAUGGAGCUGAUCCAUAUCGUGAAUACGAGGUGUUCAUUUCAAUGGGGUUAGAUGGCAUGUUCACAGACUUCCCCUGGUCUCUAUCUAACUACCUGGAAAUGAGAGACAUGAGUGCUACUACUCAUCAUAAUGUUUUAUCAAAGUUUGGAAGUUUAUGAUAAACAUCCAAAAAUUUUCUAUGUGAGGUCGAUGUUACUCAAGCUUCUCAAAUGCCCUAUAACAGCAAUACUAACUAAGUUGGAAGUUGAUUAAGCAUGAAAGUUGAGUUAUCAUUGUAUAUGCCAUUACUUUCAGGAUCAUUUUUAUCUAUAUUUAAUGUAUGUUUAGACAAGUCAUCAUUAAUUAGGACUUCUCUAUUUUGGGAGAAGAAUGCUCCCAAUAUUUUUAUGGAGUAAUUUGAUAUCUCUACUGUAAGUAAAUAAGGUUCUUCCGCACAAGCAGCUGCCAGUGGUGGGCAAGGA